AUGGUUCCUCCCUCCCCUAUCUCCUCUCAGGAGGCCAACCACUACUACCACGGUCUGUACUCAAGGCCAGUUCUAGUAGCCCGUACAGGAACGAUUCUUUGGAAGCCUCCUGUGAGCCCGCCAGGCUACUUCCUACGAAAGGUACUUCUUAGUGUUGGCAAUCACCCCCUUACCGAACUUUGGGAGGCGAACCUUGCACUACAAAUUCAUAAAAUCCUGGACUCUAAGGAGAUAAAGUGGACGAGUACAGAUGUGGUACGUAUUGGUGUGGUUGGAGAAUCAAUCACACCGGUAAUCAUCUGGAUUGGUGUCCAGCCUGAUACACUCUCCUGGGAAGCGGGCUACUCGGUUGCUAUAGAGUGCAAGGAGCUUCUUGUGGCAAACCGGAUACUGGAUGUUGAGGUCGAAAUCCGUGAGUCUGUUGUGACUCGCUAUUCUGGUCCUACCUUUGCCAAGCCUGCUGCCUUGGGUGACCCCACUGCAGAGCUCCUCGAGCCGCUUACGUCUACCCUUGGCCUUUCCAUCUGCAAUAUGUGUAGUGAAUGGGCUGAGGGUACUGGGGGCUUUUACGUUCGUGAUAAGACCAGAGACUCUAAGCUCUAUCUUGUUACAGCUCGCCAUGUUGUACUCCCAACGCGCCCAGACGAUACGGUCUAUGAGCAGAAGCGCUCCAGUCAGCCUUAUGACAAAAUUGCCCUUUUCAGUAGUACCGCCUUCAUCAACUAUCUUGAACGGAUCACGACAGCGAUUGCACGAAAACAGAUGGUCCAAACAUUUCAAGCACGAGUUGUUGAGUCUCUGAGGGGAUCCGAGGAAAUCGUUUCUUGUUCAGCCACAACGAAUCUAGCAUCCCAGGAGGCUCUCCUACAAGAGGCUACUGAGGCGAUUGAGGCUAUGAAGAUACUUUACAAAAAUGUAGUAAAGAGUUGGGACACCAUUGAGAAUCGGAUUAUUGGCCACCUCCGCUUCUCCCCCCCCACUCCAAUAUUGUGCUGGGUCAGCUGGGUAUACCCAGGACUACGCCGUGAUCGAGCUCGACAAAUCGAAGAUCAAUGAUGCCACUUUUGCUGGCAAUGCGAUUGACCUAGGGACUCAGAUAACCCCCGAUGAAUUUACAUGUCUGAUGUUUCCUAAUCGUACAGGCCGGCACGACUUCAAGUACCCAGUCAACCGUCUCUUCCCAGUGCGAGGUGUGGUCCCGGAUGACGAGAUGCACCGCCCAACGAUGGUGGACCAGCAGGACAAUGCAUGCCUUAUUGUCAUGAAGCGUGGAAUCAGUACUGCACUAACCAUCGGCCGUGCCACCAAUCUUGUUUCUUACACCCGUAAUUACAGUGACGGCAGUGAAGCCACCUCCACUGAAUGGGCAAUAUUAA